GGAGCGGCUGGGAGGUUCCAGCUGUCUGCUGUGGGAGUGGAGCCGCGGGCCGGGGAGGCGGGAGGUGCGGGUGCAGGCACGGCGCAAGCGCGGAGCACCGGCUCCAGGAGAGCGCGCGCGGGCAGGAGGACGGCCUCGCUCUGGGUGGCGGCAGGUGCGCUUGGGGCAGCUCUGUCAAGUGGCCGAGGAGGGUGGGGCGCCGGAACCUGGCAGGGGGCGGAGCCGUGCAGGCCACACCCCCUCCAAGCUACAGCAGAGGGCGGGGGCGUGGCCAAAGAGUCCCAUUUCUCAAGGGUCUAGCCUAAGGACUGCCUCGGGGGGGUGUUGGGCACCCCCUAAAUUAAGAAAAAAAAUUGGGAGAAUACCCUCCCUUUCCCCAGAAUCAAAGCACCCCGAGGGUUAUCAUGGCAGUAAGAAGGGGGCUGGUGCCCAUGGGAUAGGAGGCCCCGAAGGGGAUGGAGAUGAAAGGGUUCAGGACUCUUGCCCUAGAGACCCACUUCUGAGCUUGCAAAGAUGGAAUUGGGGCAAAUUUUCCCAGAGAUCCCUGAAUUCUGGUCUCGACUCGGGCCCCAAAUUGCUGUGUGACCUCGGUUCCUCGCUGAGAAAGGAAGGGAUUGCGUCCCAUCCUCCAGGCCCUUGAGGGGCCAUCCGUGAUCCGAGGCCUCGCGCCUCUGGUCCACUACAGGAUGGGCCUCCCCGCCGCAGCCCCGCUGUGGGGACCCCCAGGGCUGCUCCUGGCCAUCGCCCUCCACCCGGCCCUCUCCCUGCGCCCGUCCAAGGCCUCCGCACCCCCGUCCCGGGACUACUGCGUUCUGGGCGCGGGCCCCGCGGGCCUGCAGAUGGCCUACUUCCUGCAGCGGGCCGGGAGGGACUACGCCGUGUUCGAGCGCGCCGCGGGCCCCGGCAGCUUCUUCACGCGCUACCCUCGGCACCGCAAGCUCAUCAGCAUCAACAAGCGGUACACGGGCAAGGCCAAUGCCGAGUUCAACCUCCGCCACGACUGGAACUCGCUGCUCAGCCACGACGCUGGGCUGCUGUUCAGACACUACUCCCGCGCCUACUUCCCCGACGCCGGCGACAUGGUGCGCUACCUGGGCGACUUCGCAGACAGGCUGGGGCUCCGGGUGCUGUACAACAGGGCCAUCGCUCACGUCGCUCUGGCCAAGGAUCGUCGGGCCUGGAACGGCCACUACUUCAUCCUGACGGACCAGGACGGUCAGACCUACCAGUGCAGCGUCCUUUUUGUAGCCACUGGCUUGUCAGUCCCCAAUCUGGUUGACUUCCCUGGCGCCCAGUACGCGGAGGGCUACGAGUCCGUGUCCGUGGACCCCGAGGACUUUGUGGGUCAAAAUGUGCUGAUCCUGGGCCGUGGGAACUCGGCCUUUGAGACUGCAGAGAACAUCUUAGGUGUCACCAACUUCGUCCACAUGCUGAGCCGCUCCCGAGUCCGGCUCUCCUGGGCCACCCACUACGUUGGAGAUCUCAGGGCCAUCAACAAUGGCCUCCUAGACACCUACCAGCUGAAGUCCCUGGACGGGCUGCUCGAGUCGGACCUGACGGAUCUGGCCAUCGUGAGGGACCGUGUGGGCAAGUUCCACGUCACCCUGAAGUUCUUCCUGGAAGAAACCAACCAGAGUGCCGAGUCCAUCCCCCUCCCCCAGGAUGACAGUGACAACUUUGCCAUGCGUGUGGCCUAUGACCGGGUCAUCCGCUGCCUGGGCUGGAACUUUGACUUCUCCAUCUUCAACAGAUCCCUCAGACUCUCCUCGGGGGCUGCGUUCGGCAAGAAGUACCCGCUGAUCAAAGCCAGCUAUGAGUCCAAAGGAAGCCGGGGUCUCUUUGUCUUGGGUUCUGCCAGUCACUCGGUGGACUACCGGAAGUCUGCUGGGGGCUUCAUCCACGGAUUCCGAUACACAGUGCGUGCUGUCCACCGGAUGCUGGAACAUCGCCACCACGGCGUCCCCUGGCCCUCCUCUGAGCGUCCCAUCACACAGCUGACCAGUUGCAUCAUCCGGCGUGUGAACGAGGCUUCCGGACUCUACCAGAUGUUCAGUGUGCUAGCCGACAUUGUCCUGUUAAAGGAGAAUGCCACAGCCUUUGAGUACCUGGAGGAGUUCCCCAUGCAGAUGCUGGCCCAGCUGGAGACCCUCACCGGAAGGCAGGCCAGGCACGGGCUCUUUGUCGUCAAUAUGGAAUAUGGCAGAAAUUUCUCUGGGCCCGACAAGGACGUCUUCUUUUAUGAGCGGUCUGUGGGGCACACGGAGGAUGCCUGGCAGUCCAACUUCCUCCAUCCUGUCAUCUACUACUACAGACACCUCCCCACUGAGCAGGAGGUGAGGUUCCGCCCUGCAGACUGGCCCCUGCCUCGGCCCAUAGCCAUCCAUCACAUCGUGGAAGACUUCCUGACAGACUGGACCGCCCCGGUCGGACACAUUCUGCCUCUGAGGCGCUUCCUGGAGAACUGUUUGGACACCGAUUUGCGAAGCUUCUAUGCAGAGUCCUGUUUCCUGUUCGCACUGACACGCCAGAAGCUGCCGCCCUUCUGCCAGCGGGGGUACCUGAGAAUGCAGGGGCUUGUGGGCACCGAGAGCCUUCGGCAGCAUGGGGUGGAGAGCGGGCUCCUGCAGGGCUAUGCCACUGCAGGCAAACAGCCGGAGGACAGCAGCCGGCAAGGUGGUCACCCCCCAUCUCCAGUCCAGCCCCUUGACAGCAACAAGGAGGAGCUCUGACUGACCCCUCCUGGGCUGUAGGCUCUGUCACAAGACUUUCCCCACGUAGGCCCGCAGUCCGGGCCCUCUCUCCUUGCCGUCUCAUGCCCCCACUGAUGUGUGAUGGCCAAGGACGCAUCAGAUCAUUGGAGUAAUUGUACCCAAGCAACAUGGAGGGUGCGCAAGGGCCAGAAGGUGGCAAAGCGGUGGCUCCUCCCCUCCUGUUCUGGUCCUGUGGGUGCCCAGGAUGCGGAGUCAGAGACAGGGCAUCCUCUGCACGGUGUGAGCUGCUGAGCACCAGGCUGGCCUCAGUCUGUCCCCCUCGAGGGCCCCUCUACUCUUUUCCUUCCUUGCCUAAUCCUCGGAUAGGCCUGGCUCUACCCUGGGGGCAUUUCACAGGUGGAACCCAUCCUCCCCUUCAUAAGAGUUUGAGCUACAUUGAUGUGUCAGGCACUCUAAAGCCACAGUCCAUUAUCCUCACCAUCCAUACAGGGGAGGAGGGAGUGUUGUCCCCAGUCUACAGACAAAGACACAGCUGAGAGGUGGCCCAGCAAGUAGACCCAGUCAGCCUCGCCCGAAAGCCUGUCAUGCUCUUCCCACCACACCGCACUGCCUCACCCCCCAUUUUCAGCAGGAUGUGGACUUCACUGCGGAACCCAUGGGUGCCAGUUGGGCUUCUCACUACAGGCCCAGCCGGCUGUCCUCAAGAUGGAGCCUGGGCAGGGCCCUGCAAAGCCAUUUUAUCUCAUCAGGCUUUUGCCCUGAGCCACAGAGCCCAGAAUUGCUCUCUCCCCAAGAUUCUAUUCCCUGACUAAUCUUCCACCUCUGUGUUUUUCCCUCUUCCAGCCUGCUCCUGUACCGUUUACCCACCAUCUGGCAUCCUGUAGAAACCUGUGCCUCUGAGCUUCCCAUUCAGGUUUUGGGGAACUCUUCUUUCUUUUUUGGCAGUGAGUCACCCUGAUGUCUGCACGGUGCUCAGCUGGUCAUGUUCAGGGAGGCAAUGAGAAAUGCUUUUUGUGAUGACGAUGAUGGAUUUAGCUCCCCAGUUCCCUGAGCUGUUUCCACUCCUCUUCACUGUCCUUCCUCCCAAGGCGGCAGCUCACUUCUUACCCUCCCAUCAGACUUCUUAGUCCCGUUUACAAGUGAACCGUUGGAAAGCAUUUGUACAUAAAAUAGUCACAAAGGUCAUAGUAGGACCAUAAGUGACUGUUUUCUCACUGGUUCUGACCCGGUCUUCAUGUGUCUGUCCAGAAUUAGAAGGGCAUUGGCUUUCUGGAUCCAGUGCCCUUUCCCUGUCAGUAUGGUGCUUCUUCCCCUCUUGGCUCCAUCCCAAAUCCCUUCCCCACCUGCUGGCCCCGCUGUCUGUCUGCAGAUGCCUCUCCCUCCAGUCCCUGCAGAGCUGCAGCAGUGAAACCCAAUGGCCUUGCCCCAACAGGGAGGAAUCAGUUACCCCAGGACAAUAUUCAUGAUUGUUGGCACUAGCCAGCUCUUCUCACUCCGAGGUUUCUCCCUAAUCCCAGGAUGCUGGGUUCACAGGAGUUCACACAGCUUAACAAGUACACAGAUCACAGGUGAACCAGAAUUGGGGCUCAUCAGUCCCCUGUCCCUCUCUGAGAGUCUUUUUUUUUUCCUAAAUAAAUCUUUUAAGUAGGGUUGUACUCAUAAUACCAAAUCCUGUUAAACCCAUCUCACCUGCCCAAAGCUGAGCCCUUUGUUCCAAUAGAAGUUCGAGGUGCUGUGACAAAUACUUUAUUGAGCCUAAAUAUGUGACAUCUGCUGCUUUUCCCCUCGUCUGCCAAAUUGUUAAUUCAAUCAAAAUGUCAGCCAGCCUUAUUUCUUUUUAAUAAGACAUGAUUUCAUUCUUGCUCAGUUGUUCAGCAAUGGCUUUCCUGAUAUUCUUUUUGUAAAUUAAUAGUUGGUUUCAAACAGAGAACUCCUUUUUUCCUAGGAAGAUCAUCACUGCAUUUGUUGGAUUUCCUAGCUUGGCUAUCACCUCCUUCUAGCAGUCUUGUCCUCCUCCCCUCUCCCCUUUUUUUAAAGGCGUCACUUGCAGCACCUGUUGCUUUAAGCAGCCAGUUUUGGGUGCAUGUCUGUCCUCUUCCUGCAACAUUGUAUAAAUUCACGUUUUCUACUUUA